AUGGAGGCGCUAAGAGAAUCCGUGCUGCAUUUGGCUUUGCAGAUGUCGACCUACAAGCGCGCCACGCUGGACGAGGAGGACCUGGUGGACUCGCUCUCCGAGGGGGACGGGUACCCCAAUGGCUUGCAGGUGAACUUCCGAAGUCCCAGGACGGGCCAGAGGUGCUGGGCCUCACGAACCCAGGUGGAGAAGCAGCUGGUGGUGUUGGUGGCCCUACUGGCCAUGGGAUUGCUGGCCAGUCUGGCAGCAUUGGGCAUCCAGUACCGAACAAGAAGCCCUCCAGUGUGCCUAAGUGAAGCCUGUGUCUCUGUCACCAGCUCUAUCUUGAGUUCCAUGGACCCCACAGUCAAUCCCUGCGAGGACUUCUUCACCUAUGCCUGCGGUGGCUGGAUCAAAGCCAACCCUGUACCUGAUGGCCAUUCACGCUGGGGCACCUUCAGUAACCUAUGGGAACAUAACCAGGCCAUCAUCAAGCACCUCCUGGAAAACUCCACAGCUAGUGUGAGUGAGGCAGAAAGGAAGGCCCAGGUGUACUACAAUGCGUGUAUGAAUGAAACCAAGAUCGAAGAGCUCAAGGCCAAGCCCCUGAUGGAGCUGAUUGAGAGGCUCGGAGGCUGGAACAUUACAGGUCCCUGGAACAAGAACAACUUCCAAGACACCCUACAGGUGAUCACCUCCAACUACCGUACCUCACCCUUCUUCUCUGUCUAUGUCAGCGCCGACUCCAAGAAUUCCAACAGCAAUGUGAUCCAGGUGGACCAGUCAGGCCUGGGCUUACCCUCACGGGACUAUUACCUGAACAAAACUGAAAACGAGAAGGUGCUGACGGGAUACCUGAACUACAUGGUCCACUUGGGGAUGCUGCUAGGCGGCGGGAACGAGGACUCCGUCCGACCUCAGAUGCAGCAGAUCCUGGACUUCGAGACAGCUCUGGCCAACAUCACCAUCCCCCAGGAGAAGCGUCGAGACGAGGAACUCAUUUACCACAAAGUGACAGUAGCUGAGCUUCAGACUCUGGCACCUGUCAUCAACUGGCUGCCCUUCCUCAACACUAUCUUCGAUCCUGUGGAGAUCAACGAGUCAGAGCCUAUUGUCGUCUACAACAAGGAGUACCUGAUGCAGGUCUCCACCCUCAUCAACAACACUGACAAGUGCCUGCUGAACAACUACAUGAUGUGGAACCUGGUACGGAAGACCAGCGCCUUCCUCGACCAGCGUUUUCAGGAUGCUGAUGAGAAGUUCAUGGAGUUCAUGUAUGGGACCAAGAAGACCUGCCUUCCCCGCUGGAAGUUCUGUGUGAGCGACACCGAAAACAACCUGGGCUUCGCCCUGGGCCCCAUGUUUGUCAAAGCAACCUUCUCCGAGGACAGCAAGAGCAUCGCCAGUGAGAUCAUCAUGGAAAUCAAGAAGGCAUUUGAGGAAAGUUUGAGCACCCUGAAGUGGAUGGAUGAAGACACGCGGAAAGCAGCCAGAGAUAAGGCGGAUGCAAUCUACAACAUGAUUGGUUACCCCAACUUCAUUAUGGACCCCAAGGAGCUUGACAAGGUGUUCAAUGAUUAUACCACGGUUCCAGGCCUCUACUUUGAGAAUGCCAUGCGGUUCUUCAACUUCUCCUGGAGGGUCACUGCCGACCAGCUUCGGAAAGCUCCCAACAGAGACCAGUGGAGCAUGACCCCACCCAUGGUGAACGCAUACUACUCGCCAACCAAGAAUGAGAUUGUGUUUCCAGCCGGGAUCCUGCAGGCACCAUUCUACACCCGCUCCUCACCAAAGGCCUUAAAUUUUGGUGGCAUUGGUGUCGUCGUGGGCCAUGAGCUGACACAUGCAUUUGAUGAUCAAGGACGGGAGUAUGACAAGGAUGGGAACCUUCGGCCCUGGUGGAAGAACUCAUCAGUGGAGGCAUUCAAGCAGCAGACUGAGUGCAUGGUGGAGCAGUACAGCAACUACAGCGUGAACGGGGAGCCAGUGAAUGGACGGCACACACUUGGAGAGAACAUUGCUGACAAUGGAGGCCUCAAGGCAGCCUACAGGGCAUAUCAGAACUGGGUGAAGAAGAACGGGCCCGAGCAGACGCUGCCCACACUGGGUCUCACCAACAACCAGCUCUUCUUCCUGGGGUUUGCUCAGGUCUGGUGCUCUGUGCGCACGCCUGAGAGUUCCCAUGAAGGCCUCAUCACGGAUCCCCACAGCCCUUCCCGCUUCCGGGUCAUCGGCUCCAUCUCCAACUCCAAGGAGUUCUCAGAACACUUCCACUGCCCUCUGGGCUCCCCCAUGAACCCUCCUAACAAGUGUGAAGUCUGGUGAGGGGUGAGCGAGAGCCAAGACAAGAGGAGGUGGCACCAUGAAGCACCCUCCAGCCAACUUCCAGGGCGCUACCCAGCUCCCUACCACCACCACUACAUUGGCAGUUCUCCCAAGGAAAGAGCCUGGGGUGUGGGUCUCAGCGAUGAGAUUUAGUCCCUGUGAAGACUCUUGUCAGCCCCAGCUCCCCAGGGGGAUAGGCUGGUGGCUGGCCAGACCUGGGCCCCACAUUGACAAGGGUGGGGGAAAACAGCCCUGCCACAGCCAGCCAGUGCCAGAAGCACUACAAAUGCCACUGUGUCAAAUGCUUUAAAUAUAUAUUUUUUGGGAAGCUCUUUUUUAAACAUUGUGGAAUACACUGGAAAUCUUCAGGGAAAUAGUACGUUUAAAACACUUUUUUUUUUAAAGGGAAGAAUUGGUAUAUUUAUUAUGUUUUGUUUUUCUCAAUAACCUGUGGACAAAGGGAAGCCCCUGCCUGUCCCCUUCGCUCCCCGGACUUCCUCUUUCCUGCCAUCACUGCCAGGUUGAGCUGAGACAGUGAGCACUAAAGAACCCCAGUUCUAGCACUGGCCCCCUAGGCUCAGCCAGGGCAGCUGCCAUCACUGCCAGCACUCAGCAAGGUCUGCAGUGCCCCUUAAGGUCACAACAGGGCAGGC